UCUAGUUAUUUCAAUGUGUUUUGUUAAAUUUAGCAAAAAUUUGCAGUUUCCGUGUAUUUUGUAACAGUUCAUUGUGAAGUGUGUGACUACAUAAUCUCAAAAGUUGCAAGUGUGUAAAACCAAAUGACAAAUGUUGUAUGCACAAUAUACCGCAAAAAUGCCAAUGGACAGCGACACCACAGACAAACGCGUCCCUUCAAUUGAGUAGUGCAGUUGUAGAUACUGAUUGGAAACCACAAAAACAAAUAUAAUGGUAUUCUUAUGAAGACAGCGAUAACACAGUAAACAGAAGCGGAGACAGCCUAGCACACACUCACACGUGUGGACACCCAUACACAGGCAUGUCCAGCAGGGCGAGCUGAUCUAUUGUAAAUAAACCGCAUAUACACAUCUAUUGUGAACUUGGUCACGUAGGCCGUUUGUUGUUGGAUUUGUGUUCUGAGCCCCAAACUAUUGCGAAUUUGUAGAAGGCAUUCUUUUAUCGAUAACAACUGAGCAGCAUGUAAGAAAAAAGUUUAGCGACUCCUUAAUUAAAGUUACAGAUCGCGUUGAGUAAGAUAUACAUAGAAAUAAAGAAAGCAAAACUGAAAAAUGACCGAUAUACCGCGCAUUAUGGUAUUCCGUCCCACCUGGGAGGAGUUCAAGGACUUCCCCAAAUACAUAGCCUAUAUGGAGUCACAGGGCGCCCACAAAGCUGGCCUGGCUAAGGUGGUGCCGCCCGCUGAGUGGGUGCCCCGUCGCAGUGGUUAUGCAGACUUGGACGCCUUGAAUGUGACGAUUCCUGCGCCAAUUUGCCAGGUGGUUACGGGAAAACAGGGAUAUUAUCAACAGAUCAAUAUACAAAAGAAGCCGCUGACGGUUAAGCAAUUCAGCGAAUUGGCUAGCACCGAACGCUAUGCCACACCGAAGCACUUCGAUUUCGAAGAUCUGGAGCGUAAAUAUUGGAAGAAUAUAACCUACGUGGCUCCCAUUUAUGGCGCCGAUGUUAGCGGCAGCAUCACAGACUCUGACCAGGAUAGCUGGAACAUAAAUCGCCUGGGCAGCAUAUUGGACUUUGUCAACAAGGACUAUAAUAUACAAAUUGAUGGCGUCAACACUGCCUACCUGUACUUUGGCAUGUGGAAAACGACAUUCGCCUGGCACACUGAGGACAUGGACUUGUAUUCGAUCAACUAUCUGCACUUCGGUGCGCCCAAAACGUGGUACGUGGUGCCGCCCGAGUAUGGCAGACGCCUGGAGAAGGUUGCCAAUCAGUAUUUCCCGGCCAGCUAUAAGAACUGCAACGCGUAUUUGCGACAUAAAAUGACGCUCAUAUCGCCACAGAUACUUAAGCAGCACAAUGUACCAGUUAGCAAGAUUACCCAGGAAUCAGGUGAGAUUAUGAUCACAUUUCCUUUCGGCUAUCAUGCCGGCUUCAAUCAUGGCUUCAACUGCGCCGAAUCCACAAACUUUGCCAUGGAACGCUGGAUCGAGUACGGCAAGCGUGCAACGCAAUGUACCUGCAGCAAUGACAUGGUCAAAAUCUCCAUGGACACAUUUGUCAAGCGUUUCCAGAGCGAGCGCUACGAUGCGUGGUUGGAGGGGCGCGACCUAGGCCGCCAUCCAGAGGAUCCGCCCAAUGUGGUACCAACUGCGGCGCCGCUGCCACCGCAUCUGGAUGUCCUCCUGUGUGAUAAAAAAAUGAAGAAGCAAUGCAAUCCCACCAAGGCGAAGAGCUUCAAGGAGCGCAAUCCUGAUCUGGACUUGGAUGAAAUCCAACAGAAUCCGAAUGUGCCCGACGACGUAAAAGCCAUGUUGAAAGAGAGCGUGCUUACGCUCAAUGAGGAGGAGACGGAGUACACGCCCGAGGAUACAAUGAGCCUGCAAAGUCCUGCUGACUUUAAGACCAAGCAGGAGCUGCUGGAGUACAUGGACGAUGGCACUGAGGACGACGACGAGGAGGAGGACUUUAAGCGGCGCAAGCAGAAGCGUAGAUACGACGCUGACUACGAUGAUGAUUGGCUGACGAGCAAGCGUCGGAAUAACUCGCGCAACAGCAGUCGUGGUCGUAGUCCGCGCGCCAACAAGGACGAUCGCUCCAUAUCGCCGGCGUCCUCCACAUCCACGUCCUCCACAUCAAGAGGGGCACGAGGGGGUGGAGCGCGCGCCAAAGUGAGCUCCACACCACGCAAAACGCCCACAAAGCGAAAAAAGGAGGCGACUGCCAGCAGCAGCAGCAGUGCAACAACAACAACAACAGACAGUGCAGCAGCAACAGUUGCAGCAGCCAUUGAGAGAUAUAUAUAUAUAUAUAUAUAUAUAUAUAUAACAUGUGUGUGUGCGCGUGUGUGUGUCGCUUCACAACCCCAAACGCUUAACUGCCGACAUAUAACAACCACAUCCAAACCAACAUCCAACAUCACAAACAAUCAAAAAUCCCCUAAAUUGUCAUGUAAUAACAAUUUCGAACGCAUUUUUACAGAUGCCAAACGCGGGCUCAGCGAGCAAUCACAGCAGCAGCAACAACAACAGCAGCAGCAACAGUUGCAAUUCAUGCAACAGUCGCGUAAAUUCGAAGGCAAAAUACCAAAACUAAAUCAACAGCAGCAGCAGCAGCAGCAGCAAGCGACAACAGCAACAGCAUCUAGUCAACAACAGCAACAGAAAAUUACCAGCACAAACAUGUUGCCCGCAGCCAACACUCUGAACGGCAUUCCACAGCAGCAGCACCAGCAGCAGCAGCAAUAUACCAGCACAGAUGGCAAUGUCUAUCAGCUGCAAAAUGAAAUUCUCUGUGAUGCAAAUGGACAGGCGACAAGCGCAGCAGCGGCCACAUAUCACACAACGGCCGCUGCCGUGGCCAGCAGCAAUAGCAGUCCGCAGCAACAAGUUGCUACCAGCGUUGCCGACAAUGUGGUCACAACUAUUAGUUCGUCCUCCAUCCUGCAUACGAACGCCACCACGAAUGGAGCCACGGAACAGCAGCAACAGCAGCAGCAGCAACCACAAUAUCACUAUAUAACCACAACGGGAGAGGAUGGCCAAACGCCUACGACGAUAGUCUUUGAGAACUAUAACGGUGGCAUGCCCACGACGGCGGUUAGCGCCGCCGCAGCGACGCCCAUCGUCAGCAGCGUAGAUGGCGCCGGUGGUGCAGGUGCAGGAGUGGGCGCGGGUGCUGCUGGCGCAGCAACAACAACCACAACCACGGCGCUAGUCAACACGGAUGGCACGAUCAUCGAGUUCGAUGGCAGCACCUACGAGGAGUACCAUGUGCUGAAGAGCGAGAACGGGAGCAGCGAUUGCCUGAGCAAUGGCAGCAGCGCCGUCGCCGCGGACAUCAUCAAAUACGAGCCCCAGCAUGUGGGCGAGGAUGAGGAGAUGCUGGAGGAGGACGAGGAGAGCGGCCUGCAAGUGAAGUACGAGGAGCAGAGCAUGGAGCACGAUCAUGACUUUGAAGAAUACCAAGUGAUCAAGGCCGAGGUGGAGGCCGAAGCAGCCGAGCAAGCGGCUGGCACCACUAGCUACACAAUCAGCGGCCACGACGACCAACACCAGCAGCAGCAGCAGCAGCAGCAGCAACAACAGCAACAGCAAUCGCAACACGGCAUCAAUGAUGCCAUUCCUGGCAUGCUCUCCAAAGCGGCGGCAGCUAAGCAAAAGCGGAAACGCAAAACGCGAGUCAUAGCGGAGGACGAGCAGGGCGAGUACCUGGAAAAGAUGAGCGUGCGUGGCUUGGACAUAGCGCGGUACGAGCACAUCAUCGAUGGGGUGGCCUACUGCCUGGUCUGUGCAAAGAACGACAUCUUCAAGACGUUCAAGAACAAGUACAGCUUCCAGCGGCACGCUUACCUCUUCCACGAGGGCCAGAAUCGCAAGAUCUUCGCGUGCCCCAUCUGCAACAAGGAGUUCUCGCGGCCGGACAAAAUGAAGAUGCACAAAAAGGACAAGCACGGGGACGUGCCCAUGCCUCCCAGCUCCGCGGCGAGUACGCCGCAAAAGGCGGAGGCGACGGGCACGCCCGCUGCGAAACGGGCGCGCACCUCCAGAACGCCGCGCGUGCGCAAACUGAAGUCUGGUGAUGCGGCCACGCCCACCAAAAAGCGUUUGGCGCAGAUUGACAGCGUGCUGGAUGAGGUGCAGAAUGCCGAAGCGGAACAGCAGCAGCAACAGCAGCAGCAACAACAACAACAACAACAGCAGCAGCAGCAGCAACAACAACAACAACAGCAACAGCAACUACAACAACAACAAGCGGCAACAGCUCCACCUCAGCAGCAACAACAGCUGCAAACGUUGCCCUCGCUCGACUUUAGUGGCAUGAUACUCCCAGGAGGUGCACAGCUGGCGCUGGCCAAUCCCGGCGCCAGCAGCUCCAUGACACUGCAACGUGGCCAGGCCACGCCCACGCAGAAUGCACAGCCGACGACGACGACAUUGAUCUACUCGAAUCAGCUGGAGUUGCAGCAGGCGCUGCUGCAGCAGCAGCUGCAUGGACAGAGCAUCAUGAUCCAGGAUCAGGCGGGCAAUCUGGUGCCGCUGCAGCUGGACGGCACGCAGACCAUUUACACAACGGCGCCAGCGCCGCAGCAGCGGGCGACAGCAACAACGUACCAAACGACAACUCAGCAGCAGCUGCAACAGCAGCAGCAACAGCAACAGCAGCAGGUGAGCAGCAGCCAGGCGCAGACACAGCCCGCGCACUAUGAGUUGGACAACGUGACCUACCUCAGCUCGACGGCGGCGGCCACGCCGACGCUGCCCAGCGAUCAGCAGCAGCAGCAACAGCAUCAGCAACAUGUCAUCGGCACAGUGCAAAGCUACCAGAUACUGACGCCCGAUGGCCUGCAGAGCUUUCAGCCCAAGCUGGAGACCGGGGAGUUGGGCGAUCUGUGUCCGUACACAAUGAGCGCCACAGCCGCGCCUCAGUACACCUUUACCACGCACGCGAGCACGCAGCCCACGCUGAAUGCGAAUGCGCUAGAUGCCCAGCAACAUCACCAGCAACAGCAGCAACAGCAACAGCAGCAACAACAGCAGCAUCAGCUGCUGCAGCAGCACCAGUUCAGCCACAAUCCGCAUCAACAGUUUAUGGAGCUAAAGAACGAGUUGCUGAUAAAAAGCAGCGACGCCUACACGCUGGAUGCCUCCUCCAUGUACCACCUGCCCUUCUCGCCCACCUCGAUGAUAAAUGCGGUGAACGAUGUGAACACCUCGUCGCUGCUGGAAACCAAAGAAAUUAGCUACGAUAUAUCAGAAGCCGUGCUUCUAGCGCUCUGAAAAAGCAAUACGACCGCGAAAUAUAUAAAAGCGACAACUGCAGCCAAAGUACCAAAAAAA